AUGAAACUAAUCCCAAUCUUUACCUUCAUUAAUUUGGUCCUUUCCAUUGAGUUUUAUAAUUUUGAUAAUUUUAACUUCGGUGAAGUCGAGAAGUUCAGUACAUUGAAGGCAGUUAGUUUUUUCAAAUUACUUUUCGGUGGUGAUAAUAAUGAUUUAGAUAGUGAAGAUAUUAGAUUUUUAAAUAAUCAAUUUAAACCUUCCAAUAAACCUACCUUAGUGGUUUCUGUUAACAAAGCAUCAGAUAAAAUCCCUUUCAAUGCCAAUUUCAAAACUGGUUAUAGUGAUUUCUUCGAAAGAAUUACCAUCAAAAAUAGAGAUAUCAACGAACUUCAAUUUGGUGAUGAAAUAAGUUUGUUCAAAUCAUUAGGAUUCUCCCAACCUUUGAAUUCCAACGACGUUUUCUAUUUCAACAUCGAUGAUGAAUCAAUAAUUGAUGAUUUAAUGGAUUUAAAAGAUAAAUUUUCCAUCAUUUUAAUCAACUUAGAUAAUAAAUUACUGAAAAGAGAUAGUGCUAGUUGUUUUGAAACCGAAGAAGCUUGUCAAAUUGGUACCCUGAAUUGUAAUUCCCAUGGUAUUUGCUCCAAAAUGUCAUCCAAAUGCUGGUCAUGUAUUUGUAGCUCAAGUUUCAAUAAGACUACUUCUAAAACUACCAAUUGGUCCGGUUAUGAUUGUUCAAAGAAAGAUGUUUCAUCAGUUGCCAACUUGUUACUUUGGUCUUCAAUCACUAUAUUCAUCAUGUUUGCUGGUGGGGUUAAAUUUUUAAUGUCCAUUGGUGACGAACCAUUACCUGGUAUUUUAGACUUGAAUUGA